AUAGCUGCGUUCGCCCGAGCCGGCACCGCUCUGCUGCCUUCCUUCUGCCGCCGAGAUGCUGAGCAUGGAGGGCUUCGUGGGGGCGAGAGCUCUGGGUGAGGAAUCGCUGCAGAUGUGGGACCUCAACAAGCGCCUGGAGGCCUACCUGGCCCGCGUUAAGUACCUGGAGGAGGAGAAUGAGGGGCUGCGAGCUGAGAUCCAGAGCACCAAGGAGAGCCCGGCCGGGGACCCACGCAGAGCCAGGUACGAGGAAGAGCUGCGGUCGCUGCGGGAUGCGCUGCACCGCGCCUUCACCGAGAAGUGUGCGGCCGAGCUGGCCAGGGACAACCUGUACGAGGAGGUGCAGCAUGUGAGGAGCAGGUGCCAGAAGGAGCAGGCAGCCCGCGAGGAAGCCAAGAGGCAGCUGUCCUCCAGCAAGAAAGAGCUGGAGGAGGAGAGACGGGCGCAGAUCUGGCUGAAGGAGAGAGCUGUGCAGCUGGAGAAGGAGGUGGAAGCUCUGCUGGAGGUGCACGAGGAGGAGAAAGCGGGGCUGGACCAGGAGCUCGCCAGCUUCUCUCAGAGCCUGGAGGGCUUCCGUUGUGCUCCGGUGGCAUUCCAGCCCGUGGAGGUGGAGGACUACUCCAAAAGACUGUCAGAGAUCUGGAGAGGGGCGGUGGAGACCUACAAGGCGGAGGUGGCGCAGCUGGAGCGUGCACUUGGCCAAGCCAAGGAGAACCUCUGGCAGGUGGCAGAAGACAACCAACAGAGCCAAAUGCAGCUGCGGCACCUGGAAAAGGAGCUGGUGGGGCUGAAGGUGCGGAAGGAGAUGCUGGAGGAGAGCCUGGGCCAGCAGUGGCAGGAGCAGCACGGAGAGGCUGAGAAGUUCCAGCUGGCCAUCGAGGCCCUGGAGCAGGAGAAGCAGAGCCUGCAAGUGCAGAUCGCCCAGGUGCUGGAGGACAGGCAGCAGCUCAUGCACCUCAAGAUGUCCCUCAGCCUGGAGGUGGCAACCUACAGGACACUGCUGGAAGCAGAGAGCACCCGGCUGCAGAUGCCUCCCGGGGAGUUCAAGCUGGCCAACAGCCUGCGAGAUGUCAAGCUGGAGGUGAGCAGCAGCAAGCACCGUGCCAGCCUUGCUGCCUUCCCCCGGCCCGAGGGGGUGGCACAGCUGUGCAGAACCCCCGGUGAUGCCCUCAAGGCGCUGACUCCCAAAAACAAGAGCUCCAGUGCACAGGAGUUCCAGAAAAUCAACUCAGUCCUGCAGGCACCGAGGAGCUGGGAGCCUGCUGCCCCCAGCCACGCUGUCCCAGUGCUGUCCCCCGUGCCAGGCAGUGGGGGGGCAGAGAGCCCAGCCCAUGAGUGUGGGGCUGGUGAGGAGUCCCCCAUGCAGAGCCCACUGAGUCCUGAACAGCUGGUCAGCCACGCACUGCAGGAUGCUCUCAAGGAGAUGCAAGAUGACACUGAGGCCAAAGAAGUGCCCAAAUUCAGUGCUACCCAGAGUACCAGGGAUGGGGAUCUUGAAGACCCCACGGAGGAGGAGGCUGCAGGAACCCAGGAGAUGGGUGUUGAGGGUGGUACCAUGUCCCCACCUGGGCUGUGUCUCUGCAGCAACGUGCCCACAUUGCUAAGUGCCACCCAGAGUGAUGCGGAGAGCCAGGAGGAGAAGUGGGAGGAGGAGAGGAGUAAAGAGGAGGAGAUGUUGAACGCACUGAGCUCCACGGAGAGCCAGGAGCCAGGGGGAGAGCCCUGGGGAGGAGACACAAAGGGGUCCAGGCUGGAAGUGGGCAAGGAGGACAUGGAGGCCACCAGCAUGGAGGCUCUGCAUGUCUCGGAGUACAAGGAGCAAAGGGAACCCUGGAGCCCUUCCAGAGAGGAUGAGGAAUGUGAGUUCCCAGAUCAGGAGAGGGAAAUGCGAGAAGAAGGGUCCCUGCAGACGGAAAUCGAAGCUGCUUGUGCUGUCCCUGUGGGGAGCCACCCAGUUUUGCCUGCGGGAAUCCACUUGCAAGAGGACUUUGUUGAAACAGAGCUGAAGUCUGAGCACCAGGAGGUGUCCCUGUGUGAGCUGGGUGCUGCUGCAGGGGACGAAAGGGAGCAGGAGGUGUGCCUGGAGAUGAGGGCCUCUAGCAUUGAAGGGGCCGUGCCAGCAGCAGAGGGCUCAUCAGGGUCUGAAGAAGACACUACAGGAAGGGAGAGCACAGGCAGAGCACAGGAUGAUGAGGGAGAGGAGGAAGAUAAAGGAAGGGAGGCAUUAGGGGGAGAAGACCCCCAGGCAGGGGAGGCUUUGGGAGCCAAAGAGAUAAGGCAGGAGAGCAUGGGCUUGGAGGAGGCUGAAGGCAUGUGGGAGGAAUCUGUGGACAUGUGGGAAGAACAUAGAGACCCCCAGGAGGGACAUGGGGACCUGCAGGAGGAGAAGGAGGACCUGGGGGAGGAACACAGGGACCUACAGGAGGAGCAUGGGGACACCCAGGAGGAGCAUGGGGACCUGCAGGAGGAAUACAGGGACCUGCAGGAGGAACAUGGGGACUUGCAAGAGGAACAUGGGGACACCCAGGAGGAGCAUGGGGACCUGAAGGAGGAGUACAGGGACCUACAGGAGGAGCAUGGGGACCUGCAGGAGGAACACGGGGACCUGCAGGAGGAACAUGGGGACACCCAGGAGGAGCAUGGGGACCUGCAGGAGGAAUACAGGGACCUGCAGGAGGAACAUGGGGACACCCAGGAAGAGCAUGGGGACCUGAAGGAGGAGUAUGGGGACACCCAGGAGGAACAUAGGGACCUGCAGGAGGAACACAGGGACUUGCAGGAAGAACACGGGGACCUGCAGGAGGAACAUAGGGACCUGCAGGAGGGGUCUGGAGACCCUCAGGAGGAACCUGGGGAACCUUGGGUGCAGCAUGGGGAACAGGGCUCUGCAGAGGAUGGGCUGGAGCAGGAGAUGGUGUUGCAGCCAGGAGAGGGGGCAUGGGGCAGGGAAGAAAAUGACAUUGACCAAAAGCAGCAAGCACAGGACUGGGAAGAGACAGCGGAGGAUGAAGAGGAGAUAGAAGUCAAAGCUCUCACAUCCCAAGAGCCAGCCCAGGUGGAUGACAACCCACAUGCAGAGGCAGCAGAAAAUGAGGAGGGAGAUGUCACGUCACCAACAGCAACGGAGGAAGCUCACGAGGGUGAGGAUGACGGAGAUGCUGGGAGCGAGGUGAAAAGCCAGCAGCAGCCACAGGGAAUAGUAGGACAGGAGGCUGAGCCAGCCCCAGGGCAAGAGGAAAUCAGGUAUGGGGACACUGGGGAGGCACCAGGGGACCCACAGGAGCCAGCUGAGGCGCUGGAGGUGCAGGAUGAGGAGCUUAGCUCGGAGCCCAUUGAGAGAGGCAGCCCAGACACUGCAGUGCUGCAGCAGGAUCUGGGCAGUGGGGCAGAGAGUGAUGAGCCCAUGAAGGAGGACAUUCAGUCAGAGGAUGCUCAGUUGGAUGAGCCCAAGCUGUGCAGGAUGGAAUUAGAGGACACGCUGCUCAACAGCAUGCCGCUAUGUGCACACAGCGGGGAGGUGCUGGAGUCUGAUCCAAACCCUCCAUCCAGUGGAGGGGAUGGGGAAACAGAACCUGAAAUGGCUCUGGAGGAGGAAGGGGAGCUGAGAGGGAGUGAUGAGGCAGCGGUUCAUGCAGAGCCAGAGAGCUGUGAGGAGUCAGGGAUGGAGCUGAGCUCUGCGCCAGAAUGCACCGAGGAGGAGGAAGGGUACUUCAUAGUUUCUGCUCCCAACCAAGAGGAGUCCAGCAUCGAGGAAGCUGAGAACUCAGAGGAAUUUGAAGAAAUUAAAGUUGAAGCAGCAGAAGACAGAAAGGAUGAACUAACAGUGCCUGCAGAAGCCUCUCCGGUGCUGGAGGAUGAAGGGCACUUGGAGCCACUUGUGGGGGAAGCUGAAGGUGUGAAAAUGCCCAUGGGAGAACUGGAGAUACCAAAGGAGGAGGAUGAGGAGGAUGCAGGGCAUUUGGCUGCUGAGCUGGAGGAAGGACUGGCUGUGUCCAUGGAUGAGGGGCUGUCUGAGGGGCACACUGAUAAGACCAUCCUGGGUGAUGAGGGCCUCGGGGAGGAGGACGUGCAGGGUAGUGACAACUCCCCAGCCCCUGAGACCUCCAACACUGACCCCUCCAACGCUGACCCACCUCCAGGCACCAUGCUGGAGCACGGAUCUGGCAUGGAGGCAGCUGAAUAUCUCCCCGAUGUGCCCACACAGAUGCCAGUGGACAUCAUGAAGGACUCGGAUAUCCUGGAAAUAGUGGAGCAGGCCCUGGAGUUCAAUCAGGAGCUGGUACUGGGAGCCAAGCUAGCCAAGGAUGGGGAGGGGGAUGGUGACACACAGCUCCCACAGGAGGAGGAAGGGGGGUCCUCACCCACUUCAUCCAGUGAUGAACAGCCAACGGUGCAGGAGGCGGUGGCAGAGCCGGAGCGCACCAAGAACGGGGAGCAGAACGGGCUGCACCGGCAGGCCAGCCUGGAGGACCUGGCUGAGUUCACUGAGGAGGGGCUGAAUGGCAUCACCCACCCCGAGGAAGCCCCUGCUGCCCACACCCUGCCCCUGCCCAGCAAGCACAGUGGGGCUGAGCCUGUCCCUCCGCUGUCUCCGCUGCAGGACCAAGUCCUGCACCCAGAGCAGGAGCCCUGGUCCUCUGGGGAGGAGUGAUGGCGGUGGGACCCCCACAGCCCCACGACAAUCGGACACCUCCCAUAGCACUGCCUACGUAGCACACCCGUUUCCCUUUGGUUUGUAACAUGUUUUGUGUGGGUUUUGCCUUGUUGAACGGAUGUCCGGCACACGGCAACGCAGCUGAGUGAGGGGCCGCAUCUUCACACCUCAGAGCAAGGAACCGAGCUCUUUCUCUGCCUCCAGAUCCCACACUUGUGCUGGUUUCAGCCUCAUUUUGUACCCCAGGUAUUUAAUUUAAAGGCUGCGUCUCCCCCUUCCCCAUUCAGCCCAGCCAGGUGCACGCAGUGUGAUUUCCAUACAGGCUCACCUUUGUGCUGCACACUGGGAUGUCCAUCCCCAACCCACCCAAUGCUCACAGCGCCGAGCCACGCCGGAUGCAUCCGCUGCAUUGACACUAAGUUAAUAAAGCAU